AUGGGCCGGAUUAUCCAUAUGCCAGAUGGGAAAGUUCUUUUCCAAAGAUACGGCAAGGAUGAUACGGAGCAUAACUACUCGGUCUCACGCUUGGACCUGAACAAGUUUCUGCUGAAUGCGGCUGCGGAUGCUGGCGCAGAACUUCACUUCGACCACGCCUUGCUGGAAACCUCAGACUUUCUGACGGAGGGCAGCGUCGGAAGCUGUCUGCACUUCAAGUGUGGCCAGGCAGACUUCUUGAAGGUCCACGCAGACUGCCCAGUGAUUGCGUGCGACGGCGCAGGUUCUCGGGUUCGCUACGCGCUGCGUCGAUGCGGCCUCACUGAAUUUACGGAGGACCUCCUAACCCGAGGCUACAAGGAGGUGCUCUUUCCCAAGCCGGAGGAGGGCAAAGACUUCGGCGCUCAGGGCGAGAAUGGUGAAGCAUGCGAUGGCCGCUUGGGCCUUCACAUUUGGCCGCGUGGCGAUCACAUGCUCAUGGCUCUAGCCAACCGAGACGGGUCCUUUACCGGCACCAUCUACAUGGACAACGAGGGCGAGGAUGAAGCCUUUGCAGCUUUCACGGAUACUCCAGAGGGCAGAGCAAAGUGCGCUGCCUUCUGCGAGAAGUACUACGCGCACGCAAUACCUCAUGUUGGUGGCCUGGACAGCCUUGUGAAUCAGAUUGUCAAGAACCCCACUGGCAUCCUUGGGACCGUCAGAGCCACGAAGUGGGCAUCGCAGGGUAAGGUGCUGCUAAUUGGUGACUCUUGCCAUGCCAUGGUCCCUUUCUUCGGUCAGGGAUGCAACUGUGGCUUCGAGGACACUCUGUGGCUCAGCCGGCUUGUCGACAAGUACUGUUGUGAGGGCGGCAAGGUUUCCCCGGAGAAGUGCACUGGGGAGAACUUCGCGGCAUGUUUCGCAGCCGUGGAGGCAGAAAGAAAGCCCAGUGCAGACGCCAUUUGCGAGAUGGCGCUGGAGAAUUUCUUGGAGAUGCGAGACAAGACGGGUGAUGAGAAGUUCCAAGUGUUGAAGAAGGUUGAGAACCGGUUGGAGAACACCUUCCCGCACAAAUUCCGGAGCCGGUAUGCCAUGGUCUGCUAUGGUGGAGAGGGGAAUGUUUCCUACGCCAACGCCAAAGACCUGGGUCUGGUCCAAGCCAGCAUCCUCGAAAAGCUGUGGGACAUUGCCGGUGGCAUCUCGUCGGAUCAGGUCAACUCUAUUGAGCUCGGCGACGCGGAGAAGCUGAUCGACCA